CUGUGAUCAGGUAGAGGAUAUCUGCACUGCUGGGUUACUGUGUUGUUUGGAGUAGGUGAUCAUCGAAUCUGAAUGGUUUGGGAUGGAGAGGACCUUAAAGACCAUCCAGUUCCAAACCCCCUGCUAUGGGCAGGGACACCUUCCCACUAGACCAGGUUUCUCCAAAGUCUCAUCCAGUCUGGCCUUGAACUCUGCCAGGGAUGGGGUAGGCACAGCUUCUCUGGGAAACCUGUGCCAGUGCCUCACCACCCUCAUAGUGAAGGAUUAUUUCAUAAUACCUCAUUUAAACCUUCCCUCUUUCAGUUUAAAGCCACCCUGCCUUGUCCUGUCACUACCUGCCUAUAAUCCAUGCUACACCAAAUGGUAUAUGUGGUGUGUGUUUUCAUAUGUAUGUUUGCAUGUACAUGCCCAUGUAUAUACAUGCCUAUACACAUGUGCAUGUGUUGUUGCCUGUGUUUUCCAGAGCAGAGAUUUCAUCCCCUGACCAGCAGCUAGAAGAAGCUCUGGGGGUGCUACAGUCCCCUGUGCAGGGGGUGUGAUCCUCUCUGUGCACCUAGUUAGUAUUUCCUUUCUCCCUUGCAUGGGUGCAAAUGUGGGCAGGAAAUAAGCAUGUCCUCUCCUUCUGCCACAGUGUUUUGUGCUUCUGCCCCAAGGCGCAUGAGGAGGCUGAGUGGGAAUGCUCUCACGUGGGUUUCAGCACCAUGGCACAGGGCACACGCUGUUCCCAAGUGCAUGCCUUAGGAGGAUGCCAUCCCCGGGACAGGGCCUGGUGCUCGGCGUUGGCCAGGCUGUAGUUGUUUGUGUGUGUCACAGCGGGAAGUGUGUGAACGGAACAAAUUUAGCAGUGAAAACAGAGGCCGGCGCAGUCGGUCAUUAACUGCUGGCCCGGCUCGUCGUCCUGCAACCACAAACAGCUUUUUUGGGGCCGGCGUCCCAGCGGAGGCCGGAGGAAGUGUGGGAGGCCAGUUCCCGGUGACACCUCCACGCGUGGCCGCGCUGCCUGCCAGUGCCAUUGGCUGCCCCCUGCCCGGGGCUGGCGCCGGGCAGCGCUUAAAUGCCUGCACAGCCACGCCAGGGCACACAGCACGGGGCAUCCCAGCACAGGCAGCCAGCCCAUCCCAUCCCCAGCACUGAGGAGACACCCGCUCGCACAGCGCUCAAGCCAAGGGGACCACAACUGACAUGAGGGCUGCAUUCGUGGUGCUGCUCCUCUGGCCCAUAGCCUGCGCUCACCCUGUGCCUGGCCAUGAGCCCACCGGCUCCCUCCGCAGCGCCCAGCAGCAGGACACAGCAAAUGAAGAGUACAUCAACAAGCUGGGCAACCUCCUGGAUGGUGAAGAUGGCAGACAUCCUCCUGUCACAGGAGAGACGGAAAAUACCCUUGCCGGGGACACAGCAGUUGGGAACGCUGUGGGUGAGGACCUGGGCAAGCAUGGUGGCCAUGACAAGGGAGGCAGAGCUGGGGAGCCUCAGCACCUGAACCAGGUGGACCACGAGGAUGCGAGUGCCCGGGGUGGGAACAGCCUGGGUUUCCUGGAGGAGGAUGCACGUGAUGCUGAUGACAGUGACAACGGAGAGCACCAUGGCACUGGAGUCAAUGUGCUUCCCUCCCAUGCUGGCAGGCUCCUGGAUGAAGAGGAUGACAGUGGGGAUGACACCUUUGAUGAGAACGGGGCAGAGGAUGGGGGUGAAGGUCCUACCUAUGUGGCAGUUCCUGAUGGGGCAGGUGAACAUGACCAUGACACUGGCCAUGGGGACACGGGGGCUGCUGGAGGGCACAGCGACAGCAGCAGCAGUAGCAGCAGUGAGAGCAUGGGGGCAGACCACCGGCAGUACAGGAACUACCUCGGUAGCCGGUAUGAGCGGACCUACAGGCAUGGAGGGGGCAGCAGCAGCAGCCAGGAAGAGGAACACUACAACUUCGAGGAUGGAGCCAUGCAGGGUGAUGACCCCUCUGUCUUUGAUGGCCCAGCCAGCAGCUAUAAGGGGCGUCGUGCUGGCCCUCAUGCCUUGGGCAGCAGCUGGGAGGCUGGCUCCCACCAAUGGGAGGAGGGUGACAGCAGGUCCCCAGAGGUGGAGGAUGCUGACUCGGGAGAAAACAGCCCAUCCACAGAGGAAAGCAGUCAGUCAGAAGAGCCUGACACCAGCCAGUCAGAGGAGAACAGUGCAAGCCGCUCCAGGGAGGACGGGGAUGGGGAGGACAGCCCAUCCAGGGAGGAUGAGGACAGCGAGUCCAAAGAGAGCACCGCUGAACAGUCAGAUGAAGAGCCAGGGGAGUCCCCAGAGGACAUCCCCAAGGAGGUGGUGAGCACAUCAGGUGAGCACAGCAGCAGCCAGUCCCGGGAAGAGCAGGAGGACCAGGAGUCUGCUGAGGACAGGAGUGCACCAUCCACACCUGACAGUGAGUCCAGAGAAGAUGAUGGCAACCAGAGCUUGUCCACAGAGAACACUGCAGAGGAGUCAAAGGAGGAUGAGAAUGACUCCAACCCUGAUGGGGAUGAGCCGAGCACAUCAACCGAGAGCCAGAGUGCAUCACCAGAGGACGAUGGUAGCCAAGAGGAUGAUGCGGCUGAGGACAGCAGGUCCACAGAGAGCAACAUCAGUGAGUCCCAGGAGGAUGAUGAUGAUGAUGAAAGCCACUCCCAGGAGGAUGCCACCCGCGAGUCCAGCAGCCGUGGGGACAACAGCUCGCCACAGAGCCUGGAGAGCGGGAGCCGCAAGCGGCGGCUGGGUGCCUACCGCAACAAGCCUGCUGCUGACUACGAUGACAAUGACUGCCAGGAUGGGUACUGACACGUGUCACACAGGCUCACUGGUGCUGGGGGAGUGCGGGGGGAGGAGGGUUUAAUUUAUUUGCUAUUUAGCCUGGCUGACUUCUUCCUGAGGAGAUGCUGUGGGUAAAAUGGAAGCAGGUUUGCCAUGACUCGACCUGGGUAUACUAUACAGGGCAUGAAGUGGGAGGUGAUGCCAGGCACAGGGAAAAUGCCAAACUGCAGUGAGAAAAAACAUUUCCUAAACCAAGAGCUCUGAGUGCCAGCAGGGUGAUGCUGCCCACUUGCCACAUAGGCACAGUGGGAGCUCAGCACUGCAGGAGCUGCCAGCGCCUGGGGAUGCUGGGCAGGAAGGUCCCUGUGUUCACCCCUUGUAUUUACCUACCACUGCCAUGAAAGCAUCUGUCCAGACUCUAAUGGGGGCUUUCUGUUAGAUCCAUGUCCUGCACAUAAGGAGGGAAAGAGGAAAAGCUACAGCUGGUGUACACGUGUGGUACGUGGGCUCAGCAGUGUGUGAAGUACCACUUCAGGAUGGAAUGUAUGUAAUAUUUUGUAAGAAAUGUACAGAAAACACUAUAUUGUAUCCUUUUUGCACUUGUAUUUCAAGGCUGAAAUGUACCCUGUUGAUUUCUCUAAUUACCAUUAAAACCAUCACACUCCAUAGUGGCGUGGUC